AUGGAUUUAUUCUCAGAAGGCAAAGAUGGCCGGUGGGUCUCGCACGAUGGACCAAGCAAGAAUGGCAACAGAGCAAAAGAAAUGUUCGCUGCUGUCGCUGCUCAUCACAAAGCUGGCAAGGCCAUUACUUUUGUCUGGCUUGAUUUGAAGAACCCCGACGCCUGCGAUCCCAGCAAACCGGCAGAAUGGGGUGUUCGCGUCCUGUAUGGAUUUUACGGAAACGAGAAUGGCAACGCAUACCGACUUCUACAAUCCGGCCUCACUGCUAACGAGGCUCUGAAUGUAGAUGGCAGAUCAGCCCCCCUGCAGCAAUUCUUCAACAACAAGGGGCCUUCCAAUAUCCAGAAGCGUGUAGCUUCAUAUGGCUGGAUGAACCUCAAAGAAGGAUUUGGCGAUUGCACAGAGUCAGGAGAUGCACAUCUCACAUGUACUCAGCUGCGCCAGGAGGUCACUAGUGGCAAAUUCGGAAAGGUAUUCAGUUGGACGGCGGUGGUGGAUCAAGUGCAAUUGGUUCAGAAGCUCAUGGGCGUGGGUAUUGACGGUAUUAUCUAUGGAUUGGAUGGCGCUCCUUAUGGCGGGAGUGCUACUCAAGCUCUUGCGCAGAUCCGCAGUUCGCUGGCGCAGAAUGGAGGAUACCGAUACGCUGGGGUCAGCGAUAACCCAUGGUAG